AAAUUUUUUUUAAAAAAACCUCAAAAAAAGUCACCUUUCCUUCGAGUAGGUUAUUUUAUUUAUUUUGGUUUUUAAAAUUUCUAAACAUCUAGCGAUACAGUAAAACACCGAAUUAGGUAUGUCUAAUGUAUCUAAACGAAGAAAGGAAGGAACCAAAGCCAGAAUUAAGAGUAUGGGUGACCAUCAGGAGUUCUUGAAACGAAUUUCCAAAACUUUAUAUUAUGGGCAACUACCUACUUUGCCAUGUCUAAGUCUUCCUGUAACUGAGAUCUCAUGUUCGCUAUGGUCGGACUCGCAGCGGGGGCGCUCGCUGCGGCGCCUGCACCUGGACGCGGCGGCCGGCAUCGCGCGCUCGGCCUGCGUGUCGCCGUGCGCGCUCGUGCUGGCCAUCCUGUACCUGGAGCGCCUGCACGCCUGCAGCCCCGACUACCUCGCCGCCACGCACCCUGCUGAUCUCUUCCUUGUCUCUCUGAUGGUUGGCAACAAAUUUCUGCAAGACGAUGGGGAGGAUGACGAAGUGAUCUGCUCGGAGUGGGCGGUGUCGGGCGGCAUGGACCUCAAGCAGCUCAAGAAACUAGAAAUUGAAUUCCUUAAUGCUAUAGACUGGAAGGUAUACGUGAGUGAAGAUGAGUUCCAGGAGCGGCUGCGGUGGCUGGAGCGGCAGGUGGCGCUGAAGCAAGCGCAGCUGCGCGGUUUCUUCACGUACACGGACCUGGCUGCGACCUGCGAGCCCGCGCUGCUGGCCGAGCUGGUCCGCGCCGUGUCCUCCACCUGCCUCGCGCUCACCCUCAGCUACGUCUCCAGCCUCAUGGCCUUCGUCACCUCCACGCUCGUCAUAUCGCAGGCCUGGCUACCGACGCUGCAAUACGUGGCCGCCACCAGAAGCGCUUCCCUGACCACCGUAGACUCUAGCGUUAUAUCAAGCAACAUGAACGCGGAGCUACCAGUGUUUCAUAACGCGACUACAGACACGAGUGAUGAGGACGUGCUGGAGGAGCCGGCGCUGUCGGACGCGCUGCGCUGCUGCACGCGCUGGCUGCGCUACCAGGAGACCACCGCGCCCAGGAAGUGGUACGAGACUGUGGUAGUCAGCGAUCUCAAACUGUAUGAGUCAUGGUGGUCGGAAACGUCAGUACUUAAUUGGUUGUAUCAGAGCUCCCUCAUAAACCCGAUGCAGCGCUGGCUGGAGAAGAUAAAUGAGUAUGGUGCUCUUAUAUCGAAUGAACUGGGAAGCUAUGGGUUGUUGAAUAGUGCGGAGAAGGCUAAGGGAAUUGAUCAGUGCUACGAGUACGGGGACAGUCGGGGGUCGCGCCGUUGCGUCCGCACGUGGCUCAACCUGAGCCGGCUCAGCGCGCUCAUGGCGACCGCCGCGGACCGCUAGCCGCCCCGCCCUAGCCCUCCGCGCCCCGCCCCCCGCUUGCACCGCGCCGCUGCCAACGUUCAAACUACUUAUACUAAUAUGUGAACUUAGUAACUGAGGAAAAAACGCUGUUAACUUAUAAACGUAACUCUUCCUAAUGUUAUUGACUGUUAGAAUCUAUACCUUUUGGAUGUUUUAUGGAUAAAAAGUACAGAUAAAGUUAAGGAUAAGGACUUCUUCGGCUUUUCAAGUUUUCUUUAGGCCCGAAAGUAAAAAUGUUUAUUGAUAAAAUAUUAAUGUCAGUGCCUAAAGAUGGGUACGAUUUAAGUCUUUCAGGAGGCCAUGCAUAACUUUCAUGUGCUGAACUUAAUAUUGUUGAUUAUUUAUUUUAUGAACUUGACAUUUAAGGAGUUGAAGUUUUCGUUGAUAUUGCAUAGCAAUACCUAUUUUUCACAAAUGGUAUGAUUUCUAAUGUAUCAAAGUGUAACAAAAAAAUGGGUAACAUUUAUUUUGACUGUAAUUUACCGUAAAGGUAAAAGUAAAAGGUAUACCAGUCGUGAGCUUCUACUUAUUAAAAUCAGUUUUAAAUAUUUUUUGUAAUAUAUAUUUUUAUAAGUAUUGUUAAGUCCGUUACUUAAUAAAUAGUAUUCAUUUGAAA